CCACCAUCUGUGCGAGUCCACUUAAAGAAAUAGAUCAAUCUUGCACAUGGUAAACGCGGAGAAAUAUGAGAGGAUAACGAGUGACGAGGAUCCUGAGUGAACAACUUUGGAAUCCAUGUAGAUAAUGCCGGAAAAUUGUUCUUCUACAUCAGACUCGAGUUGUCCCCAGUUUCUCACUUUGUCCUCGUCUUUAUCGUCAUUAUGAUUAUGGUAGAAUCCUGUGCAACGACUAAACACCAGCACUAAGUCUAAGUGGUGACUUGACGACUGAAAUAUGAGUACCAGCACGAGUCCUUGUAGCUAGCCGCGAUCAAUCUAGGCCUAGAGACCAUCAUGUCGCAGGGACGCUCAUCCUGUAUGAGAAACAGGCUCAUGCUCUGGCCUCUGCCUCCUUGUUUUCCAUUUCUGUGCCAUCCAAAUUCAUAUUAAAGAAUCAUGUUCCAUCUCCAGUCUCGUAUGGCAAGUAAAGAUUUUCUGAGAAGUCUCGAAUCUUGGUUUUUAGGUCCAGAAGACUCUGACUGCCAGUCGAUAUGCCAUUUCUUAAUAACACCACGUAAAGUUGUCUCCCUUACUUUCUUUCACGCAGAAGAUGACCGUGACAUUGGAACAGCAGCCACCAGGCGACAAGCCUCAUGGCCCUGCUCGAAAACCUGCAAUCGAAAACAAGUCUAAGCAUUUGUUUUCCUUCGCCAAUCAGGAUGGGAAGUUGAUCUCGUUGGCGUAUUGGAUACUGGUGGACAUGCUAAUCGUAUAUGUCGUCCGCAGCACCCCCGAGUACCGCGAGUUCUUCGAGGAUGUUUACUACUAUAUCCAGCAAGAUCUUCUCCAGCCUUUGGUGCACCGGUUGGCUUGGUAUUCUCUGCUCUCCCUGCUGUCUAUUAUGGUCAUUGGAUGAUGCAGGACUAGAACAAUUACUUUUAUCUGUACUGCUGGAGCUGAAAAUUAUAGAAUUCAAUGUUUUAGGAACGGCCCAGUAGCAACUACCCACUUGAAAUGAAGUGGUGACAAUUCUUUGUAGCCUGUUUCUACUUGAUUAACACAACAAGGAGCAGUACGCAAGUUCAGACUAGUACAAUCUGCUUUUCAUCAGUACAACAGCACAACUGCAAGUUGCAGUUACUUAAUAGAAGAUCCUACCUAGUGUAUCUUUUCCUUGUCUUCACGCUCUAACUCUUGCGCUUGUUGUGCGUUCCAACUGCUGUUGAACGCGUUUAGCGUAGGUUGUGCGGGAUUCAACACGGUUUUGGGACCUGUGCGACCAUUUUUUCUGGCUAUUACGAUAGUGAGUCAGCUCUGCAUGUGGUUCGCGAUCGAGAAAUGGGCAGAGCAAUUUCCGCAGGCUAUUAUCGCGACGGCGCUCACAAGUGUGUUGUCGCUCCUUCCGGAACUCCUGGAGCUCAGGCUGAUGUGGCGUUCGCAACGAGGCCUACUUCGCUCUGCAAGUCGCGUUGAAGAUUCGAAAAUAAGCGCUUUGGCGGAAAGCCGUAGUGUAGUAAAAAACGUAACCUCUUCUUCUUCUAGAUCAUCAUCAUCAUCAUCAUCACAGUCCUCGAUCACGUUGCACUUGCAGACAGAGGGAAUGGGAUGUGUGGCUUGCGUCACUGCUGUCCAGGGUGUAGUAGCCAAACAGUUUCAACUAGAAAGUGCUGUGGAUUUGCAAGCCGGGCGAGUCGAAAUUUUUCUGGAAACCGAGAACGGCGAAGAAGAUGAGACAUCGGCUUUGGGUCGUCAAAUAGCAGAAGCUGUAUCAGAUGCAGGCUUCCCUUCAAUGGUGAUCGAUGCUCUCCAGACGGACCCAGGAAGCGGAAGAAGUGCUGGCGAGAAUCAAACUGUAAUCCUGGACGCUACUGACGGUGAAAAUGGCAUCGACGACACCGGUAACAGGGAAAGCAGCAUUGAGGACGAGCUUGUGAUGCCUUUAGUGAACGGCUUACUUGGGUCUAGUUGCUGCCUGAUACAGCUGGUUCUCAAUUUGCUCUCUGCAUAUGAUGUGGUGCACAUCGGCUGUGCCGGUCUCAACACAGCGAUCGGACCCCUUCGGCAGCAAAUCAGGACAGUGAUUCUCGGCUACCUCGGUGUCCGAUGGUGUUUCACCUUGUCCGGUUUGGGCUCUUGCUGCUCGCCGAGUCCUAGUACUGCUAGACGAGGAGUGUCCGGGACGAAGAGUAAUACAACAACAGCUAGUACUUCUUCAACUUCCUCUAAAAGCAGGACUAGACCCUUAUUUCCCCGUCCAUUGCUCCGCUCAACGCUUCUUACACUUAUUUUGAUGUUUUUACCCGAGUUGCUUCGGUUCCUGCAUACCAGUACGCAGCUCAAAACGUGGGUGCCCGCCGUGGCCCCGGACAUGAGUGGGGGUGCGGAUGUCGAGACGCUCCACUACGUGAUUGACAACAUGGGCUGCGAGGCCUGCGAGAGCGGGGUCAGGACGAUCUUGCUCCGACACAGUGGGGUCCUUGACGUGCUUUCUGUUGACUUUGAAUCUGGAGAGGCCGUACUGGUCGCUAACCGCGCUUGGACCUCAACUUCAUCACCAGGCACCAGUGGGUCUCCUGAUGAUAGAACUAGAAGAUCAUCCACCUCUUCAUCCGAUUCCGAUGGUGAACGUGAAUCAGGAGAUGACGAGGAGGAAGUAGACAAAGACAAACAUUUCUCUCUGUGGGAACAAGAUUUGGACACGUCUUUGCGAAAGCAUGGAUAUGAGCUUCAUCGGCUCGGUUGGGUUACGAAGAAAAUGAAGCUCGCUUUGCAGAAGGGCCAUGGUUUGCAAAAAGCGAACCCAUUUCGGUAGAAUCGUCCCUACAUAAUUUCACCCUGCGUAGACUGUUACGUCUUCGUUCUAGUAUAUAUCUAUGCAUGGGUAACAUGAAACUCAAAUUGUCACUAAGCGCACGGCUAAGUCUAGGAGGAGCGCGCAACAAAAUUUGACUCAUUAAGAUUUUCUACUUUGUGCCUGAAGAAGCUGAAGUAGCAAGAUCGCAUCUACUUAAGUACUAUAUGAUAAAGUUUUGAUGUUGUCACGAGCUGCUCCCGCUUGUCAUAAUAUGGUGGACAACGUCAUCGCUUGUUCCUAUGCUUGAUGAACAUAUAAGACGAUUGGGACUAUGGCUUCUCUGAAGUAGAGGACUGACUGUAACGUAGAUUCUUACGGUCUGGAGAUAUCGCAAACACCACCAUAAAGUAAAAAAUGUAACGAAAACAAGAUGGGUGGUGGUCUCAACAAAUGCACAGUGACAUCCGACUCUAUUUCCCUUGAGAAUAAGGUUUACAAGGUGGUGUACGAGACGCUCCUGCCCGUCAGCUAGGCGUGGAACGAAUUUCUAUUCAAAUUCUUGUGUGCAGAUUAUUGAUAGAAGAUGAGAAAAGUCAAAGAGGGUCUGCAGGGGCCCGACGCGCUGGCCUUGGGAUGAGGUUCCAUAUAUAACCAGGUAUAUGGAAGACAAGGAAGACGAAAAAACUGUAACUGAAGUUGACUUUUCUAGAACAUAGGGGUUAUGGUAGUCCAUAUGAGAUUGUUUCAUCCUUACCACACGCUUUUCGUUUCAGUGCAUGCCAAUUUCGAUUAUGUGCAACUUCUUUGCCCUAGUUGCAUGUAAGUAUCAAAUAAACCAGCAUCCAACGGAGCUGUUGGUUGUCAUUCGAUGAUGCUUUGCACUUGCCUGAAGAGCGAGGAAAUGAAAAUAUUUUUGUUGCGAAACUCUGAGACCGCGCAGAGGUAUGUCGAUAGGUUUUUUUAGUAUUGGUCGGCAACAG